AUGGCGCUUCGCUGGGGCAUCGUGUCCGCCGGCCUGAUCUCCAGCGACUUCACGGCGGUGCUGCGGCUGCUGCCUCGCUCCGAGCACCAGGUGGUGGCCGUGGCGGCCCGCGACCUGAGCCGCGCCAAGGAGUUUGCACGGAAGCACGACAUCCCCAAGGCCUACGGGUCCUACGAGGAGCUGGCCAAGGACCAGGACGUGGAGGUGGCCUACGUGGGCACCCAGCACCCGCAGCACAAGGCCGCCGUGCUGCUGUGCCUGCGGGCGGGCAAAGCCGUGCUGUGCGAGAAGCCGCUGGGCGUCACCGCCGCCGAAGUGCGGGAGAUGGCGGCGGAGGCCCGCGCCCAGGGCCUCUUCCUCAUGGAGGCCAUCUGGACCCGCUUCUUUCCUGCCGUCGAGGCUCUGAGGGCUACUCUGGCCCAGGGAACCCUGGGGGACCUUCGCGUGGCUCGGGCAGAAUUUGGGAUAAACCUCACUCAUGUACCACGGGCCGUAGACUGGGCCCAGGCUGGCGGUGGCCUGCUGGACAUCGGUAUCUACUGCAUCCAGUUCAUCUCCAUGGUCUUCGGGGGGCAGAAGCCGGAGAAGAUUUCCGCCAUGGGAAGGCACUAUGAAACAGGUGUGGACGACACGGUGUCCGUGCUGCUGCAGUACCCAGGCGGGGUCCACGGCAGCUUCACCUGCAGCAUCACGGCCCAGCUCCCCAACGCGGCCUACGUGAGCGGCACCGGGGGCUCGGCCCAGAUCUCCGCCCCCUGCUGGUGUCCCACAGAACUGGUGGUGAAGGGGGAGCGUAUGGAGUUCCCGCUGCCUCCCUCCCCCGACCAGGAGUUCAAUUUUACCAACGGAGCGGGCAUGAUCUACGAGGCCAGGCACGUCCGGGAGUGCCUGCGCCAGGGCCUGAAGGAAAGUCCUGUGAUGCCUCUGGCGGAAAGCGAGCUCCUGGCGGACAUCCUGGAGGAGGUGAGGAAGGCUAUUGGAGUCACCUUCCCCCAGGACAAGCGCUGA